CAGGAGACACAGCGAGACGGACUGGUGCCGCUGACCGGGGACAAGCUUACUGCCCCUACACAGAGAACAGGCGCAACAAGGAAAACUGCGGGAGGAUAACUUUGUACCGGCACACACCCUUCAUGUUAUGGGAUUAAAGCGCACAAAGACACACACCGGUGCGUAAAGUUGAUGCGCUGAUCCGCUGCUCCAGAGAACAUUACCACUGAGGUCCAGCAGAGUCUUUGUCUGCGGAGGGAGAGCUGUGCAGCGCGGCUGGAGACAUCGGGAGGCUCCCUGUGAACGCGCCACAUGCGUGUGGAAGAUAUGGAUUUGCUUUUGCUAUAGCCCAGAUGUGCCGCGGUUUUUUUAUAUUUAAAUAUUCAUUUUUUCAUCCUUGGACUGUGUGCGUGGUGACAUUGUUAGAUUGUAUUUCUCUUUAACGAGCGCAGAGAUAUCAAGACUAAAUCGUGCGGAAUUACAACCAUGAACUGUGUUGUCAGUUUGGUACACAUCCUUUUGGCAGCGGUUCUUCACCUAUCCACAGUAAAGACUGCCAGCAUUACCAAGGGAGCGGAGAAGAGUACAAAUGAGGUGGCUGAUGAAGAAUUUUCUUCGUUUUCCCCAGUCAUCCCUCUCAUAGAUGUCGUCACUAAGAGUCUGUGUCAGCCCAGGGAGGUGCUGGUGGACAUCUUCUCGGAGUAUGCGGAGGACACGGAACACACCUACAUUCCCUCCUGCGUGGUGCUCAACCGCUGUGGAGGCUGCUGCAACGACGAAGCAUUGGAGUGUGUUCCUACGGAAACACACAAUGUCACGAUGGAGGUAAUGUGUCAUAGACCAAUGGUAAAGAAAGGCCCUAUUCUAUUAAGUUUCACAGAGCACAAAUCGUGUAUAUGCAGACAAAAGCCAGAUCUUCCAGUAAAGAAAGAAUAGUAAGUACGUGUUUUGUUUUUUUUGUCAUGUGUUUGAUGAGCUUCUGGG